ACUGAGGAGAGUGGGGUGACAGGAUAGCAGAGGUGACAGCUCUUAGUCAGUUAGCAAUGUGACUAACUCUCCUGGAAAAAAAGUCUGCAUGACAGGAGCGGCGAGAGAACAAGACAGGAACUACAGGACAAAACGCCUGGAACGGCCGAACCACAGAGAGACCGCUGCUGAAUUCAUGCAUCUGACAUCAUUAGGUGAGGACAGUGAGCAAUAAAAGACUGAUCGAUGGGAAAAAGAAGCUGGAAGGUACUCUCGGUAAAAAGAUCAUCUAAACAGUUUACGGAUCAAUUCUUCAAACAGUAAGUUAAAAAUAAUUCCUUUGAAAUUUGUGUGUGAGCAUUUGAAGUUUACAUAUUUCAUAUUUUAAUAUUAGAUACCUAAAGAUGUUCAAGCCUUGCAUUAAGUAAAGCCCAUAGGUUGGGAGAUGAUGACCUCUGACCCUGCUGGCUGUGACAUUUGAAUCUCAGUGAAACCUAAGCUAAAUUUAUUAGCUUGGGAAAAAAGGAAAAUCCAUGGAAAACCAUACUGUAGCAGACUCAGACUUGAAAUCCAAGCCCCCAUCAGAAAGGACAAGAGGUGCUGAUGGGUUGAUCAUCUCUUAAUGAUUAGUUAGUUAAAUUCUGUACAGAAUCAUCAUUAUGCUAAUAAUUCUUUCAAGUUUUAAAUAUGACUGUUUCGGUAUGAACAAAAGAGAAACUCAUGCUGAUUUAUUUUUUUCCUUUUCUUGUCCACGCCGUUUCCAAACCAACACCAUGCUCGUGUUUUAUUUAAUCUUGCUACGGCGUCAUAUGCAACUUCAACACUAGUUUAAGCAGCAAAUAUUAUUCAAUGUUAAAUGUUGCGGCUGGAAGAACAAUACGUUAGUUUUGUUUAUUCCGAUUUUGAAGCUUGUUUUGCAGACAUGCCUCUAUUCAGCUGGAUGAAAUGGUCGCAUGAGACGAGACAGCAGACUACGGGUGAAGCACAAUCUCUGGACAGCUCGGGGGGUGUGCCCAGCUGUAUGUUGAUCACAGAGCUCCUGUGGCACAUUGAGGAACGUGAACGGCUGGCAAGACAACUGGAGCGAGAGCACAGGCUGGCUCACAGUGCCCUGGGUCUCCGCUGGUUUCAGAAAUACCCCCGAUUACGAACCCUCAUUCCCUCAUCGGAGCUCCACCAGCUGGAGUUCCUGUGUGCCCAGAUCCCACCAAUCUACACAGCAACCGUCCUCUCCAGGUUUCGCGAAGUGAUUGCCACAAACAACGUAAGGCCCUGGGAGCUUGCAGCCGUCUUCAGGCAAGUCCUGAUCGACUUCCUGAACCUAAGUGUAUACAAAGAAGAGGACCACCACUCAGUCCAGCAGAAGCAGGUCAGACCCAUGGAGGUUUGGACCAGCCGCUACAGAAUAAAGCAGGGCUUUGUCACGCCCACAGUGCCAAAAUGUGGAGACCACCAAAGAGAGGAAAUCCCAACAAUCUCUGGAUACGUGGAUCGAGCCAUGCGGGAUUCAGGUUCAUUCACACCCAACAAGGUCUGGGACCUUCCAUAUUAUUAUCCUGGGCUUCUCAGACCCAAAGAUCCCUAUAGUAGAACAACACUGUGACAAGAUACACUCAUCUUAAAAGGUGUGAUCUUAACCCCGGCUUUCCAUUGGACAGAUAAGCAGCCUUUAACCUAAGAGAUGGGAGCAUUUCAGAUGGAAAUCUGUAGCAAAACUAUUCCAUGCAACUGGUCCUGCAAGGUCACAAAAUCAUUGGAGAAUUGCAAAAUUUUGCAUGAUUUAAACAGUUCACGCAGUAACAAGGAGAAAGACGGAGGCAUGGUCUGUGGUUUGUCUGUUCUGUUUACCUCGUCAUCACGUUUGUUUUGUUUUUAACUAGUUAAGCUACUGGAAAUCUGAACGUGUCUAUUAUUCUGAAAGUUGCCAGAUGUUUUACACUUCUCCCAUGUUAAGAUUUCCCUUCUGCCCUAAACUGCUGAGCUCGACACAUUAUGAACGUGUAGCGCACAAAAAAAGUCCCAAAGCGAGAGAAAAACAUCUGUCAAUGCGUGUUCGUCUCUCCCUUGUGGAGCUGACACAGAAGCAAAAACUAGGCUGGGAAUGUACUUGCUGUUUAACCUUGCAUUGAUGAAGGCACCAUGCUUUUUCCACAUACAUACUGCAUGUAGUACUGGAGGAUUCCACUAGGGGGGCAAACCACAUAACUGAUAAUAGUGCAAAAUUUGUAAGGUAAAAACAAACAUGGCCACAAUUCAAAUCCAGUUCAUUUAUAAAGCACUAAUAAAAAAUUACAAAGUGUAACAAAGUGCUGUAAUAUAAAAAUAUACAUAAAGAUAAGUAGCGAUACAAUGGCAACAAGACAAUGCAAAUCACAAUAAAAUCAAGCUAUUUCAGUCAAAAGCAAUACAGAAUAGGAGUCUUCCGGCAAGACUCAAGCACUGGGUGAGUCAGCCCACUAUACAUUUAUAGACAACUCAUUCCACAACCUGGGACCAAUGACUGAAAAAGCUCCAUCUUCUUUAUUUUUGCGUUUAGUCAGAGGAACCACAAGCAGCCCAUGCUCAGCUGAUCGAAGAGACUGCAAAGGCGUUUGUGACGUCAGCAGUUUGGACAGGUAGCAUGGGGCUAAAUCAUUUUGACUAGUGGUGCACCGAUAUGAAAUGUUUGGGCCGAUAACGGUAUUAAUAUCACUGUUGUGGCUGAUAACCAUAUUUGCUGAUACAAUAUACUGACAUUAAUCCUUCUAAAAUCAGCAGAUUUAGUACAGAAUGAAAAUUAUUAAAGCUGAAUUUACGUUAUGUACAGACACAACAUAUAUUUAUGCUUCUGAGAUGAUUACAAUCACUGUCACAUGACUAAACAAAUACACAGCACCCCCCUCACCUUCUGAAACUAAUAAACAAAUGGAAACAAGACGGAAAAAAUAUUGGUUGUUAAUAUUGGGUCAGUUCUAUUUUUCGGAUCAAUACGAUGUUAAAAAAUGACUAACAUCGGCCAAUACCAAUUUUGAUGCAUACCUAAUUUUGACAUUUAAAAACAAAUAACAAAAUUUUAAAAUAAAUUCAGUACUAGGACUGGUGAAAUAUGGUAAUGCUUCAGAGUACCAGUAAAAAGAUGCACCGCAGCAUUCUGGACCAGUUGAAGGCAUGAGCUCAAGGACUGGCCGAUGCUCGAGUACAGGGCAUUACUAUAGUCGUUUGAGGUCAGCAGACAAUUGAAGAGAUCAGCAGCUGGUUUAUUUUGAGAUCACAACAGACAAAAAGACAGCAGUAGUAUCGUAAAUAGUAUGAAAGACAAGUAAAUCAGAGAUGUGGUAAUGGUGAGUACGUCUCACUCGUUCCGUCAACCCCAUUCUGGUUACUCUCCAAUUGCAGCUUGUGAACGUGUUGCAAACAACUCUUCAAACAAACGCAGGUUUCAUGAGGCACCCUUGGUAAGCACACGUCCGCAUGGUUAAAAGCAAGUAUAUCCAAAGCCUUACGUUUCCAGUGAAAAAGCCAGGAUGUUCACAAGGUCACACAAACAGCAGUUAUUGAAAACUUUUGCAAACAUGUGAAAAAUAUGUUUUAUCCCAAUAAAUAUUUUUUGUCUUCUACAAUCUAUUCCUCAUUUAAAGCUUCUUUCCGGAGUAUUUCUCUUAUCCGAUGGCACCAUCUAGUGGCUGACAAGCAUAUCACACAAAAACUCUGUUUUUUUAAGAUGGCGACUUCACAUUUCUGUUUAUAAAUGUGCUUCUGUAGCCGACAAACAGCUAAAACAUGCCGUUUUACAAGUAUUACUCUCAUGUCAUGCUGUGUUCUCAUAUAUUUAUAUUUUAGAGACUUUCUUGUCCAUGAAAAGUUCAUCAACUCUGCAUCAGCCGAGGUAUUACUUAAAUUUGAAGCACGUAAGCAGUAGUCUAACGCUAUUGGUUAGUUCUGGACGGAGCUUGGUUUCCUAUUGCACGGAGUUCUGCGGGGAAGUGGGUGUGCUUAGCAAAAACAAAAGACGCAUCGCUUACAUUUUAUCACAGUACAUGAUAUCGCUUUUACGGAUUUCUGACAAAUCAUGCAUAAUUUCUGAAAGGGGAAAACUCCGGAAAGCAGCUUUAAUGAAUGGUUACUGUGGUUCGGACGAUAACUGGCUGUAAAAAUCCCAUAGGCUACUGAUUGAAGAAAUUGUGAUUAUAGUUUGUGCAAAAGCUAUUCUGACAGAUAUUUAUAUUGUGGUCAUCUUUAAAAUAUAAUAAAUCAAAUAUUA